AUGGCGGCUGUGGCCGAGCAGGGACUGAAGAUCGUGACGGAUUAUACCUGCCAGGACCUGGCCAACACAGCCAUGGCCUUUGCCAAGCCCAACAUCUGCAACAGGCCGUUUCUACAGGCUUUGGCCCAUCACUCUGCACGGAAGAUGCGGCAGUUUGAAGCCAGGGAGGUCUCCAAUGCGUUGUGGUCGUUCACCAUUGUCGGCCCCGGUGUUGUGGGCCCUGAUUGGCUGGACCCUGCCUUGGACCAUUUCUUGAACUUGAUCCGGAUGCGCCAGUACGAAGGAUGGGAACUCGUUCAAGUCGUGAACGCCUGCUGGCCUCACCGCGGACAGCUGAAGCAUUGGGCAGCUCUUGAACGAACCUUCAAAGAGCGCGUCUUCAUGCGCGUGGUCCAUGCUCUGGAGGCCAUCAUCGGCCGGGAUCAAGGACUUCAGGGCAUGGAAGAGCCUACAGCAGAGGCAGAGAUCACAGUCCCAAUGAAACUGCUGAACGCUGGACCUGCCACACAUGGUAGCCUUAGCGCAGCACAUCGGAUGCCUGAAAGGCUUUCUCCCCUGGAGUCUGCGCGGCGAAGUGCACAGCGUCUAAUCGACGAGCUUCAGGUGGACUUCCUGGGACCAAUCUUCACCCGCGUAGCGAUGCGCCAGCUUGGGCUCAUCGACCCCAGCGAUUGCCGGGGUGGUUCCGCAUUCUCAGAGGGCACGGGGUCAGAGGAGAUCACCAACAGUCCUGAGUGGGGCGUCCAAGCACGAAGCGCCGUUGCAGCGUCGCUGGAGCAAAUGCGGAGAGAGCUACCGUUCAUGUGGUUUGAUCGAUUCGGACCCCAUGAGCGGCGUGUCAUCUCCUGGAUUGCCUUCGACCUCGAGGUUGCUAUCGGCUCGAACGGCUUGGAGGAGUCUUCGGGUCCCUGGCAUGAGCAUCUCCGUGAAACGGGUCGCAUAACUGGGUUCAGUUUGGAUGAGCAUCGUGCCAUGGAUAAAAGAGGUGUUGAAACCUUCACGCGAUUGCAGGAGCAGUGGAAAGGCGAAGUGCUCUUCACCCUGCACGACGUGCGGAAGGGGCAGGAGUGGCUGCAAGGGCUCUUUGCGCAGCAUGAUCGCGCAGGGCAUACCGAACGACAGGCCCUUCUGGAAGUGAUCAUCGAGAUCAUCAGCGCCAUCCGGCGACUGGAACGGCGGCAGAGUCAGUUUCUGCACGGGCGCGCUGUCACGCAACCAGAGACUAGCAUAGAGCUGGGACUCUUUGAUGGCUCGCUCGGAGCGGCGGUGCGCGGACAAAUGCAGGUUUUCGUCUGCCACUUCUGCUGUAUCUCCUGCAUGGCUGCCAUCUCCAACUUUGCCAGGAGAUUCCCUCAUGUAAAAAUGCACAUUGACUACGACGACUGUUGGAGAACACGGCUGCUGGAUGUGUGA